GUGAGACGAGAGAAGUGAGGAAAGUGACAACGGUGCUGAAACAAAAACGAAUAUUUUAAAGUAAAAACAGCCGUAUAGGAAACGAGGGCCUUUAUUAUUUUAACUCAGUAAUAGUAUUGUUCUUGGCGACACAUUUUGAAGUUUAGUUCACCUAACCCGAGACAGAGCUCAGCCUCGCGCUGGCGACUCUAUGUGGAUUUUACAGAAAAUAUGGGCCAAUUACCCGUUUUCUCUUCGGGCAAAGUAUUAGUCAUCGUCGUCUGCUGCGUUCGACUUUCUUUGGCUCUCCAGUGUCUUGAUGCUGUUAAGCCGUGUGUGAACAAUGCUACGUGUGCCACCUUCACCAACGGGACAGGAUACUGCAGGUGUGCCGCAGGCUUCCUAGGUGAUUACUGCCAUCACAAAGACCCGUGUCACCCUGGUUACUGUCUGAAUGGGGGGAAUUGCUCUGUGGCUGUGUCGGGCAUUCCGGGCAGCCCUACCUGCUCCUGUCCCCUGGGCUACACUGGGCAGCACUGCCAGACCCCCCAGAACUCCACCUGCUACCCCAACAACCCAUGUGCCAACCGAGGGGUCUGCACCCUGCUCUCCCUCGACAAGUACAAGUGCCGGUGUGCCCACGGAUGGACAGGCAUGCGCUGUAAUCGUGAGGACAGCUGUCUGUCAGGACCCUGUGCUAACGGAGGCACCUGCAGCUCUCUGUCUGGGGGAAAGUUCAGCUGUACCUGUCCUCCAGGCUACUGGGGUCCCCGCUGCCUCAACGACACUGAUGAGUGUGCUGCCUCCACCCCGGUGUGUCAGAACGAAGGGGUGUGUGUCAACACCCCUGGCUCCUACAGGUGUAACUGCGCCCCCGGGUUCACUGGCCGCCAAUGUGAGACCCCCUACAUCCCCUGCUCCCCCUCGCCCUGCCUCAACGGGGGCACAUGUCGCCCAACCUCUGAGACCAGCUACUGGUGCCACUGCCUGCCAGGCUUCAAUGGGACUAACUGUGAGAACAACAUUGACGACUGCCCCGACCAUCACUGCCAAAAUGGAGGGACCUGCAUGGACGGUGUCAAUACCUACAACUGCCAAUGCCCCCCGGAAUGGACUGGUCAGUUCUGUACCGAGGAUGUGGAUGAGUGUCGCCUGCAGCCCAACACAUGUCAGAACGGGGGUACCUGCAGCAACAUCCAGGGCAGCUACACCUGUGUGUGUGUCAACGGCUGGAGUGGCCUGGACUGCUCUGAGAACAUAGAUGACUGUGCUACGGCUGCCUGCACCAAGGGCUCCACCUGUAUCGACCGUGUGGCAUCCUUCCUUUGUGUCUGCCCCUAUGGAAAAACUGGUUUGCUGUGCCACGUGAACGAUGCCUGCAUCAGUAGCCCGUGCCGGGACGGGGCGCAGUGCGACACCAACCCCAUCAACGGCAUGUUCAACUGCAACUGUGCCCCCGGCUACAUAGGAAGCACCUGCAAUGACGACAUCAACGAGUGCAUCAUAGGUUUCCCCUCAGGUCCAAACCCCUGUGAGCACGGAGGAUUGUGUGUGAACACAGACGGCUCGUUCACAUGUAACUGUGCAAGAGGUUAUGGUGGGCCGCGCUGUGAGACAGACAUCAAUGAGUGUGUGUCCAGCCCUUGCCAGAACGACGGCACCUGUCUGGACCGCAUAGGAGACUACAGCUGCAUCUGUAUGGAAGGAUUUGAGGGAACACACUGUGAGAUUGACAUCAAUGAGUGUGCAAGCUCUCCAUGUCUGAACCAAGGGACCUGUCUAGAUCAAGUCAAACGUUACGUCUGCCAGUGCCCUCUAGGAUUCAGUGGGGAGAUGUGUCAGAUCGACAUUGACGAGUGUUCCAGCACACCAUGCCUCAACGGGGCCAAGUGUAUCGACCGUCCCAACGGCUACGAGUGUGAAUGUGCUGAAGGCUUCUCAGGGCCGUUGUGUAAGGAGAACAUAGAUGACUGUGACCCGGAGCCCUGUCACCACGGGGUGUGUCGUGACGGCAUCGCCACCUUCUCCUGUGACUGUGACCCGGGCUACACCGGCUCCAUCUGCAACGUCCAGGUCAUGGAGUGCUACAGCAACCCCUGCCAGAACCGUGGACGCUGCAUCGACCUGGUCAACAAGUACCAGUGCAACUGUCUGCCUGGCACCUCGGGGGUGAACUGUGAGAUCAAUGUUGAUGACUGCGCCAGUAACCCCUGUGAAUAUGGAGAGUGCCAGGACGGGAUCAACAAGUACAAGUGUGUCUGUGCUCCAGGAUACACAGGUGCAAAAUGUAACGUGGACAUCCAUGAGUGUAAUUCCAGCCCGUGUAUGAGUGGGGGUACGUGUGUGGACAAGGUAAACGGCUUCAUCUGCCAGUGCCCCCCUGGCACCCACGGCCCCCUGUGCCACUCUGGCACCGACCACUGUGCUCCCCAGCCCUGUGUACACGGAGACUGUGUAGAGCAGCAGAGCGGGUACCACUGUGAGUGUGAGUCUGGCUGGGUGGGGCAACACUGUGACCAGGAGAAGGAUGAGUGCCAGUCCAGCCCCUGCCAGCACAGUGGCACCUGUGUGGACAGACUCAACGGAUACUCUUGCCAGUGUCGCCCCGGAUUCACAGGUGUGAACUGCGAAGUCAACAUAGAUGAGUGUGCAUCAAACCCGUGUGAGAACCAUGGUACCUGUGUGGACGGAGUCAACAGCUACAGCUGCCAGUGUGAUCCUCCGUACUCCGGAAAACACUGUGAGGAGGAGUUGGUUCCCUGUGCGUCUCAUCCAUGUGAGAGGGGAGGUGUGUGUCAGCCAACCCCAGACUACACCUCUUACACCUGUAAAUGUCCCAGCGGCUGGCAAGGCUUCCGCUGCACUGAGGAUGUGGAUGAGUGCAGGAAGAACCCGUGUCAGAACAGGGCCCGUUGCAUCAACAGCCAGGGUAGCUACGUGUGCAAGUGUCAACCAGGCUACAGCGGCCUCAACUGCCAAACCAACAUUGAUGACUGCUCCCCCAACCCGUGUCUGAACGGCGGUUCCUGUGUGGACGAAGUGGGAGGGUUCUCCUGUGACUGCCGGCCAGGGUUUGGUGGUGAGCACUGUGAGGCAGAAGUGGAUGAGUGUGCCAGUCAGCCGUGCCGGAAUGGAGCUGUGUGCCGGGACUACGUCAACAGCUUUGUCUGUGUGUGCCGACCAGGUUUCGACGGAAUCCUCUGUGAACACAACAUCCCAGAAUGCACUGAGAGUUCCUGUCUGAAUAACGGGACCUGUGUUGAUGACAUCAACACCUUCUCGUGUCGUUGUCGUCCUGGUUUCUACGGGACCUUCUGUCAGUAUGAGCAGAAUGAGUGUGACUCUCAGCCCUGUAAGAACGGAGGAACCUGCACUGAUGGCCUGGGCUCCUACCACUGCACCUGCCCUGUAGGCUACAAUGGACAGAACUGCCAGAACUUUGUGAACCUGUGUAGCCAGCCACUGUGCCAGAAUGGAGGGUCCUGUUCCCAGUCAGAGACCACCUGGUUGUGUCACUGUCCUGUGGGCUGGACUGGCAUGUACUGUGAUGUCCCCAACAUGUCAUGUCAGGACUAUGCUGCUCGGAACGGUAUCCAAGUGGAGUUAGUGUGUAAGCACUCGGGUCGCUGCGUGGACGUGGGUAAUGCCCACCAGUGUCAGUGCCUGCCUGGUUACACAGGCAGCUACUGUAACGAGAUGGUGGACGAGUGCCUUUCCAACCCCUGCCGCAACGGGGCCACCUGCAUGGACUACCAGGGCACAUAUGAGUGUAUGUGCAAGGCUGGCUACCAGGGGGUGAACUGUGAAUAUGACGUGGAUGAGUGUCACUCUAAUCCUUGUCACCACGGAGGAACCUGCAUCAACCUCAUCAACCACUUCUCCUGCGCCUGCCCACCUGGCACACAUGGUGUUCAGUGUGAGGUGAAUGUGGACGACUGUGCUCCCAAGCGUGGCUCCUGGGGGCCUCGCUGUCUGAACGGGGGCCAGUGUGUGGACGGAGUGGGCCGCUACACCUGCUCCUGCCCCCCUGGCUUCGCUGGGGAGCACUGUGAGGGGGACGUCAACGAGUGUCUCUCUGGACCCUGCCACUCUCCUGGUAGCCUGGACUGUGUGCAGCUGGCCAAUGACUACCAGUGCCGCUGUCGCCUGGGCUACACAGGACGCCACUGUGAGUCCAUGGUGGACCUGUGCCAGUCGAAGCCGUGCCAUAACAGUGGCACCUGCUCCAUGAACAUGAGCUCAGUACAUGGAUACACAUGCAUCUGUCAACCAGGCUUCACUGGCUUCAACUGUGGAGAGGUGGAGGGCUACAACUGUGCCAAGCUGCGUUGCAAGAACGGCGGGCACUGCCAGGAGUCUCAGGGUGGUCGUCCACACUGCCGUUGCCAGCCAGGCUUCAGUGGGCCGCACUGCGAGACCGUCCAGGGCUGCCAGAACCAGCCCUGUCUGAACGGAGGCAACUGUAUGAAGGACCUAAACGACCCCUACCAGUACAGCUGUCACUGCCCAUCCCACUUCUCAGGCAGGCACUGUGAGAAUGUCAUCUUCGGUCCGUCCCCCCGCACCCCCGCCUCCUGCCCCUACGUAGAGUGUGAGCAGCAUUCCGGGGAUAAGGUGUGUGACCCGCAGUGCAACAGCCAUGAGUGCCAAUGGGACGGAGGGGACUGUUCUCUACAUUGGCACCGGCCAUGGGUCAACUGCACCGCCCCUGUGCCCUGCUGGGAGCUGUUCCGCAACGGCCGCUGUGACCCCGAGUGUGACAACUCUGGCUGCCUCUUCGACAGCUUUGAGUGUCAGGAGAGCGCACAGUCUUACUGCAAAUAUGAUAACUACUGUGCGGACCACUAUGCCAACAAGAUCUGUGACAAGAGCUGUAACACGAAGGCAUGUGUCUGGGACGGCCUGGACUGCUCUGGGGACACCCCUGCUAAGGUCGCUGACGGCACGCUGGUGAUCGUAGUGUUACUGCAGCCUGAGGAGCUGCUGGGAGACGUGAGAGGCUUCCUGCGCUCCCUGGGAACCCUGCUGCAUACCAACCUCCGGGUCAAAAUGGACGCUCAGCAGAAACCUAUGGUGUAUCCGUACUACGGCCUGGAGCAAGACAACGCCAAUGAAGGACAGCCUUCUACGAUGAAGCGUAGAGGCAAACGGGAGCUAGACAAGGAGGUUAUCGGGUCUAAGGUGUACCUGGAGAUCGAUAACCGUAAGUGUGCUCAGAGCUCCGUGGACUGCUUCUCCAGCACAGAUCUGGCUGCAUCCUUCAUUGCUGCCGAGUACCUGAAGUCUGCGCUGCCCUACCCUGUGGUCUCUGUCAACAGUGACCCUACGGAACCCCAUAAGCCCCCGUUCCUGCUGUACCUGGCUGUGGGAGCAGCCGUCAUCAUCCUGCUCAUCCUGGUGCUGGGCGUGAUGGCCGCCAAGAGGAAACGCAAACACGGUGUCCUCUGGCUCCCCGAUGGCUUCCUGGCCAAGAAGGACGACAAGAGGAGAGAACCCGUGGGCCAGGACGACUUCGGCAUGAAGAACUUCAAGACCCAGGAUGGAGGGAUGAUGGACGGAGGCCAGAGCCAGAGGUGGAUGGAAGAGGAGGCUCCGCCAAAGAAACCGAGGACUGAGGACAAGCCCCUGCUGCCCAUGGGUGUGGAUGGAGGAGUGGACAGACGGGAGUGGACCCUGCAGCACCACAAGGCUGCUGACAUCUCUCUCACUCCACCACAGACUGAUCUGGAGGCAGACUGCCUGGAUGUCAAUGUCAAAGGACCAGAUGGCUUCACCCCCCUGAUGCUGGCCUCUCUACGAAACGGAGGGGCGUCUGAUUGCGGCCUGCAGGCGGAGGAGGAGGAGGAGAGCGGGGGAGACGAGCCGGGACCCAACGCCAUCUCAGACCUCAUCACCCAGGGUGCAACACUCAUGGCCCAGACGGACCGCACCGGGGAGACGGCACUCCACCUGGCCGCUCGCUACGCCCGGGCCGACGCCGCCAAGAGGCUGCUGGAUGCCGGGGCAGACGCCAACGCUCACGACAACAUGGGUCGCACCCCUCUCCAUGCUGCUGUGGCAGCUGAUGCCCAGGGAGUGUUCCAGAUCCUGAUCCGUAACCGGGCCACGGAGUUGGAUGCCAGGAUGAACGAUGGCACCACACCUCUGAUCCUGGCUGCCAGGCUGGCUGUGGAGGGCAUGGUGGAGGAACUGGUGCAUUGCCACGCUGACAUCAACGCUGUCGACGACCACGGUAAAUCUGCUCUGCACUGGGCAGCUGCUGUGAACAACGUGGAGGCCACUCUGGUGCUGCUAAAGAAUGGAGCCAACAGAGACAUGCAGGACAACAAGGAGGAGACCCCGUUGUUCCUGGCAGCCAGAGAGGGUAGUUUUGAGGCGGCCCAGGUUCUGCUGGACCACUGCUCUAAUAGGGACAUCACAGACCACCUGGACCGGCUGCCCCGCGACACCGCACAGGAGCGCAUGCACCACGACAUCGUACGUCUGCUCGACCAGUACAACCUGGUCCACAGCCCUCACAACAACCACAUGGGUGGGGGACACUCCUCCCUGGUCUGUGGAGGCAACGGCGCUGGCUACAUGGGCAUGCGCCCCGGACCCCAGGGCAAGAAGAGCAGGCGCAAGGUUGGAGGGGUGGGUGGGGCCACAGCAAAAGAGCUGAAAGACAUGAAGGCCAAGCGUAGGAAGAAGCCAACAGGAGGAGAAGGGCCUGCAGUGGGAGGAGCCAGUGGCAACGGCACUAAAGCUGCAGGAGGGCUGUCAGAGAGCUCAGUCACCAUGUCCCCUGUUGACUCCCUGGAGUCUCCACACUCAUACACAGGAGAUGCUGCCGGGGCCUCCAAAACGACCAACUCUCCUCCUCUCCUGGGCUGCCCCUCCUCCGGGCCUCUGCUGCCCCCAGUCAGCCACAUGCUGGGCCAGCAGCAUAGCUGGGUGGGCCUGAAGCAUGGCUACGGUGGCCACAUGUUCAGCCUCCUCCCCCAGCAGAUGGGCAACGGCCAUCCUGGCAUGUCCCAGCACCACGGCCAAGGCCUGCUCACCCCUAUGAAUGUCACCAUGAGCCGCGAGCAGCUUCCUCCCAUUGUCACCUUCCAGAUGAUGGCGCCGGGGAGCGGGCAGGCCCUGCUGAAGCAGCCCCAGCCUGGGCAGGUGCAGUCACAGAGGCAAAACCAGGGCCAGCCCCAAUCUCAGCAGGGCCCUACUCAUCUGCACUGCACCCAUGGCAUGAUGUACCAGAUGCCCAACGUGGGCCUCCAGCACAGCCUGUCUCACAGCCUCCCUCACCCCCACUCGCACGACCUGGCCCACGGCCACGGCAUGGUGCAGGAUGGCCAGUCCCGCCAACAGCUCCCUCCCUAUCAGGCAAUGCAGAGCCCCGUGGAUAAGUACCCAACCCCUCCCUCUCAGCACAGCUACGCCACGGCUAGCUCGGAGGGCACCACCCCGGGGCACCCGGCUCACCCGCCCAGCGAGCACCCUUACCUCACCCCCUCCCCUGAGUCCCCUGACCCCUGGUCCUCCUCCUCCCCCCACUCCAACUCAGACUGGUCUGACGUCACCACCAGCCCCACCCCCCUGGGGAACCCCCAUGCACUGCCUCCUCUCCGCCACACACACAUUCCGGAGCAGGUGCAGCUGCAACCGCAGUCCCAGCAGACACAACAGAACCCCCAGCAGCCUCAGCGUGGCAACAUGCAGGUGUUUGCAUAGACAAGAGGACUCUCUUAAAGCGCCCAACUCUUAAAUGUUUUGUUGAUCUUUGUAGUUACAACACUUAAACUCUUAUCCAUCA